ACCACCCACACACACCUACGCACCUCACCUGCUGCAGAUAGAAACACCUCAGACCCAUCUGGAGGAGCUAAAGCUGCUCAGAUCCACAGGUGUACCUGCUGCAGACAGGGACUGAAACAACACACCUGUAAGAGCAAGCAGCUGGCUGGCAGCCCCUCAGAGACACCUACAACAGGUAAACCAGGCAGGAACACACUUCAGGCUCACUACAGAGAGCAUCCCAGAGCACCUGGCGGGUAAAUGGAUCUAUUUCAGAUCCAGUUUAGGUCCAGUUCAUCUUAAUUCUGAAUCGUCAAAUCUUAGAAGGUCCAUCAACCUUCAACUGAGAGUCUCCAGGACUCUGCACAUUUACCUCCACGUCAGCAAAAGCUGGUGUUCCAGAAUGAUGGCAGGAUAAAGCAGAAGAUAAGAUGGAUCAGAGCUUUGUCUGCAGGACGUUCUGGAUUUCCUGCUCCGCACGCAUUCUGGUCCUCAUCUAAGGUUGCUGCUGCUCCUUCACAUCAAAAGGAGUUAGCUAAGGUGUUUCCUCUAAUGAGGAUGACUAUGAACUCCACCAUUUGUAGGUUUUCCUGUCCCAUCCUGCUGACGAAGGACUUCAGGACCUGGAACUUUCUAAAGGAACCAGACAGAGGUUUCCUUCCACUCAUGUUCAUCAAUCUCAUGUUAAAUGAACACUUUUCUUGAUUUAUUUGAUCCGAUGGAAUGAUUUUUAUAUUUGAUCUAAUACACAGUAUCCACCGUGGAUAAAUCAUACCUGGAAACCAACCGGUUUAAAUGAACUCUACAAGAAUGCACCGAUGUGAAAAUUUGGCCUGAUAUUAAUAUUGCUGUUAUAGUCGAUAACCAAUAUUUACAGAUAUUAUAUAUAUAUCUCCUUACCCCCCUUUGAACGCCGUGAAAAAAAUGACCACCUCUCACAUACUCAUCCUGCUGAGCAGAACUUCUAAAUAUCAGCCAGAUUGAUGGCGGAAGCUCGUUGAAGUUGUAAUCCGGCUGUAAUUAGAUGUUUAAACCUGUUUGGGUCAGAAAGAAUCCACAGUAAAUUCAGUUUUGUACUUCUGGGUGGAUUGAUGGAUCUAAAGCAGGAAUGUUCCUGUGAAGAUCUAAAUUCAGCUAAUGAUUGAUUAUAAAACAUGCAGAUCUUCUUAAGAAGUUUGUGUUUUGACAUAAUUUGCUGUUUUCCUCGUCUUUCCUGCUGGGCUUCCACAUUCAGGAUUGCCUUUUAAAGCUUCUCCGAACACUUCAGAACAUGGUGCAGUCAGUUCCUUUCAGCAGGUCUCCAGCUCUGAUUAACUAACGUAAUGCAGAGCUGGUUUCAGGUGUGUGUGUGUGUGUGUGUGUGUGUGUUGUUUCGUUAUGCAUGGAAAUCAGAGCACAAUCCCAGGAAAACCUCAACAUUCCCGACCACACUAACAUCAUGUCUGUGUUUGACAGGAAGAUGGAGCUCAGCUCAGUCCGCAUCCUUCUGCUGCUCAUCAGCAGAGGACAGGAAAGCCCAACCCUCCAUGCUCAAACACCUGAGCUCCAAGAUCAGAUCCACAGGUCCUGUUUCUGUGUCCGAGUACAUGAAGGAGGUUCUGACCAACCCGGUGACCGGUUACUAUGUGAGGAAGAACAUGCUGGGAGCUGAUGGAGACUUCAUCACGUCUCCGGAGAUCAGCCAGGUGUUUGGGGAGCUGCUCGGCGUUUGGAUCGUCAGUGAGUGGAUGGGAGCGGGUCGGCCCGAACAACUGCAGCUAGUUGAGCUGGGACCUGGAAGGGGUUCCCUGGCUGCUGACAUCCUGAGAGUGUUCAGCCAGCUGCAGUCUGUUGUGGGCGGAGCCUCAGUGUCCGUCCACCUGGUGGAGGUAAGUCCGGCUCUGAGUCGGCUCCAGGCGGAGACCCUGACAGGAAAGCGAAACAUGGAGGCUAGCAGUGAGGACGACCCAGUUUACAGGCACGGUGAAACUGCUGCCAGGGUCUCGGUGUCCUGGUACCGCCUUUUGGAGGACGUCCCUGCAGCUUUCAGCAUCUUUGUUGCUCAUGAGUUCUUUGACGCUCUGCCCAUCCACAAAUUCCAGCGAACAGAGAAAGGUUGGAGGGAGGUUCUGGUGGACAUUGAGCCUGCAGAUCCAGACCGGCUGCGGUUUGUGGUGGCUCCGACUCCGACUCUUGCCUCGUCCACGCUCGUCCAGGCUGAUGAAAGGCGGGAUCAUGUGGAGGUGUGUGCAGAAGGCGGAGUCAUCGUCCAGCAGCUGGCUCGGCGAAUCGAGGAGGAGGGUGGGGCAGCACUGAUUGCUGAUUACGGCCACGACGGGACCGGGACAGACACGCUCCGGGGAUUUAAGGGUCACCAGCUCCAUGAUGUCCUAUCGACUCCCGGCUCUGCCGACCUCACUGCCGACGUGGAUUUCAGCUUCCUGCGGAGGAUGGCUGGAGGGGGCGUGGCCUGUUUGGGACCUGUGACUCAGAGCAUGUUCCUGAAGAACAUGGGCAUCGACGUGCGCAUGCAGGUUCUCUUGAGGAACUGCAGCGACCCGUCCACCAGGAAGCAGCUCAUCAGCAGCUACGACAUGCUGACCAACCCCUCCAAGAUGGGGGAGCGUUUCCAUUUCUUCAGCCUGCUGCACCCCAGCCGCCUUGGUGUCCCCAAGAAACCACAGGGUCUGAAGUUGGAGAAGAAGAGCCCGGCGCCGCUACCCGUGGCCGGGUUCACCGAGCUCGGCUUCUGAGCAGUACCGAAGAUGAGUCGUUCCUCAGCAUGUCGGAGGAGUCCAGGGAAAACUGGACGAUUCGGAACAGAAAUGGAGUCAGACUAGGUUAUGGGUCUGAACAAACUUUAAAACAGGAAAUUGUGGACAAGGUUUUGUAUGGAAGGAUGAAAAUCCUGCUCCUGGAGUCAUUCUGAGCAAACUGGAGUUACUGGAAUGAACUGGGAGGCUGCUUCAGGUGUGAGACUCCUGCAGAUGAUGAGAUGGUGGUUGAAACCUUCAGUGACAUCAUGCAUGUUGGUUACUCUACAUCAGAACCGGACCUAAUAAACAUCAGGACAGGAUGAUUAAAAAACCUUCUUGUCAGAACAAGCUGUGGUUGGUAGUAAUGGGUCAGCAGUUCUGAACAUGCAGGACGAAGAGUCUGUUCCAUCUGGAGGAUGGAACAUACAUGCAGCAUAUAAUGUGAGAGUUUCUGCAUGAUGUGUAAGGGUUUGAUAUUCUUCCAGUCCUGCUCCUCUGGGCUCAACUUUCCUGCAUGCUGAAGAUGUUUUCCAGCUCCAUCACACCUGAUUUAAACUUCUGGGUCAUUACUGGACUUCUGUGGAACCUGCUAACCUGCAGGAGGGGGUGGAUCAGUCCAAUGCAUCAGGUGUGAUGGAACAUGAAAUCCUCUAAAAGCUGCAGGAGAAAGAGGGCUCUGAGGAGCAGGGCUGCAGACAUGAAGAUUGCAUUCACACAAACCAGUGUUCCCAGUUCAGCUUUAAUUUAUACCAUCCAGAACAGGAGAGAAGAUUUUCUGCUACAAAAAUAUAAAAAUUCUCAGGUUGAAGUCAGAUUUCAGUUUAGAGUCAGAAAGAGGAAGCAGCAGCUUGAUUCUCAGCUCGCCUUCAUCAGCAGAUCAGAUUAAAAGUCUUCAGGAAAAUAUUGUCUCUGAGAUGAUCUCACAGCAGAUCCAGCAAACAUCUAACAUCACUCACAGCUUGGUUAAAAGGACAAAAAUCCUUUAAUAACAAUAAAACUGCUGCAGCUGCGUUCUUUAAACGAGCAUUCGGGGGGGGGGGGGGGUUAGCGCCAUCUAGAGGCAGAUUUAAAGAAACAGUGAUGAGAUUAUUGCAAUUCAAACCAAUCUGGCUGUGUGGACUUCCAAGACCUGGAUCUCCUGCCGGGAUUUAGCUCCAGAUGGAGAUCUGAGCUGAGAUCAGGAAGAAGCAGAGUUUAACUCAUCUGUAGGCGUCAGGUCAGGAACUUUAACUUGUCUUAAAUCUCCUGAAAUCCUGACUUGUUUCUGUAGUUUCCAUUUAAAGGUUAAUCGGUUCAGUGACCUUUUUAGCAUCAGCCAUCAGUUUUAAACCCAUAAAAACAGUUUCUAUUCAGGGCUCAGCAGCUGCUGCAGCUUUCUUCUUAUUUCAAAUCAUUUUCUUUUGGAUCUGAUGUAAAACUGGUUCCCCUGCUGUUGAAACAAAAUUCCUGGGAUUAGGAAAACAUCGCCAGAUUAAUCAGAACUUCAGGAAAUUAAUCAGCAGAGUGGGGCCUCUGGGUCCUGAUUAUGGAUUAUUAAUAUUAGAUGAAGCUGUGAAUGUCAUUAGUGGUUCACUUUCUGAGAAUAAAACCGGAGAUAAAUUUAAUUCUGGGUGGGACACUUUCACCUUGUUUCCAUACUGAGGAUUGUAACCUGAAGAGGGCGCUGAUGAGUUCUUCUUUAAUGUCAGCUCUAUUAAAUAAAAGAACAAAGCCACCCUGAUA